AUGUUCCGGGCACCGGACAGCGAGGGCGGCCGGGCUGGCCCCAGGGCCGCAAAGCCUCCGGGAGGAGAGCCGGGCGAUCGUCCAGAGGAAGCCGCACCUCCACGCAGGCCGGACAGGAUGGCUUCUAAUAUUUUUGGACCAACUGAAGAACCUCAGAACAUACCCAAGAGGACCAACCCCCCUGGGGGAAAAGGAAGCGGUAUAUUUGACGAAUCGGGGCCUGUGCAGACUCGACCGCGUCUGAACCCACCGGGGGGCAAGACCAGUGACAUUUUCGGGUCCCCCGUCGCUGCUGCCUCACCCACGGCACACCCAAACAAACCCAAGGACCACAUGCUCCUGUGUGAGGGAGAGGACACACCAGACCUCAGAGCCAGUGCCUCACCCAGACAAGAUCCAGGUGAGCCCGGCGGCCCAAGAGAAGCAGCCCGCGUCCAGGAGCCGGCACCCACCGUCGACAGCCACGAACCCCGGCUGGGUCCCCGGCCUCGCUCCCACAACAAAGUCCUGAACCCGCCCGGAGGCAAGUCCAGCAUCUCCUUCUACUAA